AUGUUUGAAAGGUGUGAGAGAGAUACUGGUCAACAAGAGAUGGUUCCAACUAAGAAGAGCGCUGUUCUGGUGGAUGGGGUCAUACUAAAUGGCCCCACAACAGAUGCAAGAGCAGGAGAAAAAUUUGUUGAAGAGGCCUGUAGGCUGAUAAUGGAAGAGGUGGUUUUGAAGGCUACAGAUGUCAAUGAGAAGGUUUGUGAAUGGCAGCCUCCUGAGCGACUGAAACAACUUCUUGAUUUGGAGAUGCGAGACACCGGAGAGCCGCACCAUAGGCUGCUGGAGCUCUGCCAGGACGUCAUACGCUUCAGUGUCAAAACCAACCACCCGAGAUUUUUCAACCAGCUGUAUGCUGGCCUUGAUUAUUACUCCUUGGGGGCCCGAUUUAUGACGGAAGCGUUAAAUCCAAGUGUUUAUACGUAUGAGGUGUCCCCAGUGUUUCUGUUAGUGGAAGAAGCGGUUCUGAAGAAAAUGAUUGAAUUUAUUGGCUGGAAAGAAGGGGAUGGAAUAUUUAACCCAGGUGGUUCAGUGUCCAAUAUGUACGCCAUGAAUUUAGCCAGAUACAAAUAUUGUCCUGAUAUUAAGGAAAAGGGGCUGUCCGGGUUGCCAAGAUUAAUCCUUUUCACAUCUGCAGAGUGUCAUUACUCCAUGAAGAAGGCAGCCUCCUUUCUUGGGAUUGGUACAGAGAAUAUUUGCUUUGUGGAAACAGAUGGAAGAGGUAAGAUGAUACCUGAGGAACUGGAGAAGCAAAUCGUGCAAGCCCGAAAAAAGGGAGCAGCACCAUUUCUGGUCUGUGCCACCUCGGGCACAACUGUGUUGGGCGCGUUUGACCCUCUGGAUGAAAUAGCGGAUGUCUGUGAGAGGCACGGCCUCUGGCUUCACGUGGAUGCUUCUUGGGGUGGCUCAGCUUUGAUGUCAAGGAAGCACCGCAGGCUUCUGCAGGGCAUCCACAGAGCUGAUUCUGUGGCCUGGAACCCCCACAAGAUGCUGAUGGCAGGAAUUCAGUGCUGCGCUCUCCUUGUGAAAGACAAAUCCGAUCUUCUUAAGAAGUGCUACUCUGCCAAGGCAUCUUACCUCUUCCAGCAGGACAAAUUCUAUGAUGUCAGCUAUGACACAGGAGACAAGUCUAUCCAAUGUAGCAGGAGAGCAGAUGCAUUCAAGUUCUGGAUGAGUUGGAAGGCCCUGGGCACAUUAGGCCUUGAAGAGAGAGUUAACCGGGCUCUUGCUUUAUCCAGGUACCUCGUGGAAGAAAUCAAGAAAAGAAAAGGGUUCAGGUUACUGAUGGAACCUGAAUAUGCCAAUAUUUGUUUUUGGUACAUUCCACCAAGCCUCAGAGAGAUGAAGGAAGGACCUGAGUUCUGGGAAAAACUUAAUUUGGUGGCCCCAGCCAUCAAGGAGAAAAUGAUGAAGAAGGGAAGCCUGAUGCUGGGCUACCAGCCCCACCGGGGGAAGGUCAACUUCUUCCGCCAGGUGGUGAUCAGCCCUCAAGUGAGCCGGGAAGACAUGGACUUCCUCCUGGAUGAGAUAGACCUCCUGGGCAGAGACAUGUAGCUGUGGCUUUUGGUCCCCCAGAGGCACGGGUUCUGUCCCUGGGAGGGUUACAGAUCCAGGGUGUCUGGGGACACAUAGGCGAUUACAGCCUUUCUGAUGAGAAAUAGGAAACAUACCCCAUCCAGUCCCAGCAAAACCAAAAUGCUAAGUGAAUAGUGUUCAGGACUCUAGCUGCCUGGGCACUACUGUAGCUAUAAAAGAGGAAAUGAAAAAUGGAUUUUCUCAAGGAUUGUCCCUGGGACAAAGAAUCAUAGAGGGUUUAGAAAGUACCAUGUGGUGCCUGGAAUCUAAGCGUUCGUUGCUCUUUAGAGAACUUAUAAAUUAAUACUUUAAAGCUGAGGUUCUCUAGACAAGCAGCAUGAGCAUCACCUGAGGACUUGUUUAAAAUGCAGAUUCUUAGCCCUGCCUCAGACCUACUGAAUCUGAGACUCUAGCAGUAGAGCCCAGUCUUCCUGCUGGAUUUGAAGGAAAGGAACCUUCCCCAUGGUUCUGAGACAAGGUAAGAUCUGAGAAUCAGCGGUUUAGUGAAACCUUGUAAUGACUGAAGAAUCGUUUUGAUGUUUUGCCAGCAAAGGAAUAUCUAAUAUUUCAGUGGUCCCUGAGCCAGUCUUUGAAAAUAGAGCUGUGGCAUCGAUAGCACAAAUGUUUAGCUGCAUCAGAAGUAUAUCAAAGCUAUUUUUUAAAAGAGAGACUAUAUAAGAUGCUUACUUUAUAAAGAUGUAUCUUUUAUGCAGGCUGAAUGUUUAUUCUCAAAAGUUGAAAUGAACUGUUAUCUAUUCUAAAUUACUUAGAGGUAAGGAAAAAAGACAAACACUUUGUAGCAUGGCCCUUUAAAUCAAAGCAAUAGUCCUAAUUCGCUUCUGAAAGUCAUUGCACUGUUAGUUUGGCAUGGACAUUAGAUAUAUAUGUCUCUAACUAUGUACCUCGUUUAGCUUGAGGGGCCCAUUUCUUAGCUUGCUCUCGGCUUGUAGGAUAAACCAGAAUGCAGUCCACGGCGAUACAUUCCCUUUCUCAAGCUUUGAAAUGUCAGUGUAGACUAUUAAGUGGUUUAUAUCGAGCAGAGAAUCUGGGAAUUAGAGGCCUUUCAGUGCAAACACUGCCUCCAUUUGCCCACUGGGAGUAGGUGACGGUAGUUCUGCCCCUUAUCCUGCCCCUAGAUUUCUUGGAUAAUCUUAUUUGACUAAGAAAUAAGCAAAAUCAGAGGUGCGGUUGCGGAGUUCCACUAGGUAAAAUUAUGAAUCUAACUGGAGCGUCAAUUUGGAAGGCAAAUGAUUGGAGAGUGGUCAAGUGUUAGACUUAGCACAUUCAAUAGCCCUUUGGUACUCCAUUGUGUCUUUUAAAUUUUGAAAAUCAAAUAUGUACUCUUUGCUUUUAUUCCAUAUUUUCAUUUGAGGGUGUGUGGUUUCUUAAUAUCUCCACUGGUCAAAGAAUUACUUCAGUUUCUGGUGUUAGGUAUUUGUGUGUGCACGUAUGUUUUGCAUUUCUCGUUGCCUUUUGUUUUAGUCUCUUUAUAACGUGUUGCUGAAAUUGAUGUUUGCGAUAAUUUGGGUUUCAUGAAAU